AUGGUUGCGGAGUCAGUGCACUCCAUGACAUUUGCAGACUCAGUCAUGAGUUCGGCAAAGAAUGUCCCGAUGGAUAUUUGCAGAACAUGGAAUGACAUCACUUGCUGGUUGCUUCUGGCAAUGUCAAUUUGGGCACUAUACUUCUACGAGAUUGAAGCGACAUGGCUGGAUGCACCCUGUCAAAUGGUCGACAUUUCUUGCUUGGUUGCUGGGAUCGUGACCGGUACCGCUGCACUCUUGGAGCUUUGUGCCGUGUUUAUCGAAUUCAGCCCAAAGAAGCUGUCUCCAGCAGUCAAGGGUGAUGAUUCCAAGACGAUGCUGCUCGUCUAUUCCUGCCUAUCGGUGAGCUACUUCAAGAUGGGAGUUUCAGGAAACACGUGGGUGCACACUGAUCCCUUGGCUUUUGGUGGGCCGCGCCCAGUCUACACUCUGAGGUAUUUGGAGUGGAGUAUUUGUAUGCCGCUGUUGAUCUCUUUAUCUUCAAGCCCGCCGAUGGAGAGCUCAACACACCAACCAAAAGAAGAUGAAGGUGAAGGAGAAGAUGACGAUCAGUCAAAAGAGUUGAUUGAAGCCCAGGUGGAUGAUGUCCUCAGCUUACCCCGUGUGGUUUGCAGCCGUCUCUACCAGACUGAGCUCCGUGGAUCUGCCCGCUGCACAGCUGUAUACAUUUGGUCCUCUUGGAUUGCUCUCGUCGUGAAAGAUGAGUUUGUCCGUUGGCUGCUGCUAUGUGCAUCCUUCAGUGCCUAUGCCGUUGCCACCACAGAACAGAUAGUUUAUUGGUUCGGCGCGCGCGAGAAGGAUGAAAGAAAGCAAUCAAGGGACUACCCAGUGCUUGUCAUCACGCAGGCUGCACUUGCCACGCAUUAUGGCGUGAUCUAUUUGCUGGCAGUCUUCGGGUGCAUUUCUUGGCAAAACGAACAGAUGUCAUAUACCGUCUCCGAUGUGGUUGCCAAGCUAACCCAUUCGGCCAUUCUGGUGAGCAUGAGGCGAAGGAGGAACUUAAUGAUCUUGGAUGAAUUGCGUGUCGCAGCACAGCUGGCGGCGAUGGAUAUCCAGCGAUUGAUUUCACAGGCCAAUGUCCCAAUUUUUUGUGUGAACAAGAACUUGGAGGUGGAGGAAUGGAACCAAAAGAUAGAAGAACUCACAGGUGUCAAAAAGGUGGAUGCUUUGCAGCGCAGCCUGCCCGAGUUUUGCUCUGAAAGGGCCAGCGGAUGGUGGGCCUCUGCUGAGAAGCUGCUACGAGAUGCGCUGGAAGGGCUAGAUUCGAGCGUGGUGGAGAUGCACAUGACUGGUGCUCCACAGAAUGGACAGAUGGCCAAAAGCUGCAUGAUGGCUGUGAGUGCGACCUCCCAAAGAACCCGAACAGGUGAAAUUAAGGGCGCUGUUUGCAUUGGGCAGGAUGUGACUGAAUUGACGUCAGAAAAGCAAAAGGCAGAGAACCUGGCGGAGAGCUUGAACCGAAGCUUGACGCGGCCAAUGCUCCAAUUUUUGAGAUUGACCUGGAGUUCAACGUUAUCAAAUGGAACAGCUGGCUGGAGAACCGAAGUGCACUCUCUCAAGAGGAGUUGGCUGGGAAGUCUGUUUUCGAAGUCUUGUCGCCAGAGACGAGGAAAUCCUUACAGGAUGGCGUGGAGAGGGCCUUGA